CUCUUUUGGGGAGGCGGCGACGGCGGCGGCGGCAUCAUGAUGCUGUACGAGGCGCCGCGGAGCCUGGUGGUGGCGGAGCUGCUGCUCGUCCUGCCAGGAGAAGACGAAAGCUGCGGCAGCGGCAUCCUCUGUUUGUGCACCCGGGCCUUCGUAGAGGAUCGAACACUGUACAAAUUAGGCUUAAAGGGAUAUUAUGUCAAAGAUGAAGAUAACAGUAUAGGGGAAGAUCAAUUAACUGAUGAUGAAAAAGAGGAGAAUCAUCAUACCUUCAGGACUGAUGACAUAUCAAAUAGCCAUGCUCCUGGGUUAGAAGACAUUGAACUAGAUUCAGAGACAGAACUCAUGAAGAGUAUGGGGUUACCUAUACAGUUCGGAAGUGUAACAAACCAUAUGGCAGUGGUGGCACCUAAUCAUAUAGUCAAGAAGGGUAACAAAGUGAUGAAAAAGAAGAAAAAGAAAAAGAUGUUGCAAAAAGAUACUCUCAAAAUAAUGCAGGAGUCUUUGGAAGAGGAUCUUGACGGUGAUGACCAUUUUCUUUCCUAUGAUUCCUCCCUAACUAAAAAGGAGAAUAAGAAUGAUGACAGUGGAGACGUUCUGCUUGAUGAGUUUCAGAUGAAAGAAAAAUGGGGGAAAUAUUGGGGUGACUAUGGAGAAGGACUUCUAUGGCAAAGCUGGCAAGAGAAACAGGAGGAUGUAAAUUCCGAGCUUUUAUCUAUCACUGAGCCUUGGAAUAAUCCUGAACUGAAGGAAAAGUGGGAGCAGCACUAUAGUGAACUAUACUGGUAUUACUGGGAGCAGUUUCACUACUGGGCACAUCAAGGUUGGACUGUUGACACAGCACCUAACAGUGGCAUAGAGACAAAUGCGAGCAAUUUGGAAACAAAGCAGCCAAAAAAAACAGAUGCUGAUGACAAUUGUGGAGAAAUACAGGACUUGAGCUUUGAUUCUCAUCUCCCAUCCAGUUCCAACGGGGAGAAAAAUCCUGCUCCAGGUGGUGAUCACUGUAAUAACAAUAUUCUUACUGAAAUCAGUAAAAUAAAUCUGAACUUAGAAGAAGCAGAGCAGAGCAAAUUGGACAAUGUGGUUGAAAGAAAGAGUCAUCAAGAAUUGAGUUUAACAACCAUUGAAAGGCACUGUCCUUGUGGUUCUGCUCAGACUGAGAAAUCUGACGAGGGAACAAGGGAAAGAAGUAUGUCUUCUGAAAAUGGGUUUUCAAACCAGCCAGGGUCGUCUAGAGCAUCAGAUGCCACAGGACAUGGAGGUGGACCACACACUGACAGUGAUGAUGAUGAGCAGCCACCAGAACAUAAAUCUAUCAAAUUAAAGCGGAGUCAUGAACUGGAUGCUGAAGAAACCCCCUUGGCUGAUCCAAAAAAAAUCUGUUGUCUUCUUGGGCUCAAGUGUGGCACAGGACAAAAAUAUAGAGAAAUUCCUGGCUUUAGUGAAAGAAGAGUGACUCAUCUCAAUAAAAGCAUGAAAUAUAAAUCAAAGUUCCUGGACAUGCGCAGAACAAUUGAGACCAAAAACAAACAUAUAUUUUUUACAGAAGAACCUGAAGUGGUGGUGGUCAAGAAGAGCAAGAUUUUGAAUAAGGUAGAAAGGUUCUUGAAACAAGUGAAUGAACCUGUGGAAGAGGGAUCUCAAGUUGAUGAACAUCACACAAGCAGUGAUUCAGAGGAACAGGAAAAUGCUGCUGGCUCACGAGAUAAUUUGCAUCUCCAGAGCUGUGACCUGUCGUUCCCCAGUUCAGAUUCUUGCAAACUUAAAAGAAUUGGCUUCAAGGAGAACGACAAGGAAAAGCUGGCAGUAGCAAUAAGUGACUGUAAUUCUCAGGAACCUGGUGAAGAGGCAAGAAGAAGUGAAGAAUGCCCUUUAGAAAGAGAGCUGGUUGCCCUGGAUAUUCCAGAUUACCUGCAAAUGGAAACAGAAGGUGAAGUAAAUGCUACAAAGAAGAAAAACAAGAAGCUGCAAAAGAAGAAAAACAGGAGUGUGCAGACUUUACCCCCUGAAAUAGCCAGUGAUCCUGAGCUGGCUAAAUACUGGGCACAGCGGUAUAGACUGUUCUCUCGAUUUGAUGAAGGGAUUCAAUUAGACAGAGAGGGGUGGUUUUCUGUUACACCUGAGAAGAUUGCAGAGCACAUUGCAAAGCGCGUAAGGCUGUCCUUCAACUCUGACAUAAUAGUAGAUGCAUUCUGUGGUGUGGGGGGAAAUGCUAUUCAGUUUGCUUUGGCAGCAAAAAGAGUAAUUGCAAUUGAUAUUGAUCCAGUGAAGAUCCGUCUUGCUCGCAACAAUGCAGAAGUGUAUGGAGUGGCGGAUCAGAUUGAUUUUAUAUGUGGAGACUUCAUGAAGCUGGCAUCCAGUUUAAAAGCAGAUGUUGUGUUUCUGAGCCCUCCAUGGGGUGGGCCUAAAUACGCCACUGCAGAAACCUUUGAUGUUCAAACAAUGAUUUCACCUGAUGGAUUUGAAAUUUUCACGCUGUCACAAAAGAUUACCAACAACAUUGUAUAUUUUCUUCCUCGUAAUGCUGAUAUAGAUCAGGUAGCGUCUUUAGCUGGACCAGGAGGAAAAGUGGAAAUAGAACAAAAUUUCCUGAACAACAGAUUGAAGACCAUAACUGCUUAUUUUGGUGAACUAAUCAGGCAAGAUGUAGCCUGACUCAAUUGUGUGAGUGGGCCUGCUUGUCCAUGCAAAAUGGAUCGUCCCAAAGUUUUGAAGAAUCAUCCUUUUGCCAUUCAUUUAUUUGUACAAUCAGUGAUUGCUUUAAAAUGUUUUGGGUUUUUUGAGAAACAAAAACAUUUGAGAAUAAUGUUUGAGGAAAAAACCAUUUUAGUUGAUUUUGGGG